AUGCAAAUACUCAUUACCGGCGCCGCGGGCUUCAUCGGCCAGCUCCUGGCAAAAGAACUUCUGGAUGAUCCGACCUAUCAAGUCACUCUCACCGACAUCAUCGAACCGCCCGUACCUCAAGGCGCUCGUCACCCGGAGAAUGCCACAUGCGUCAAAGCAGAUCUUCUCACAGCUGCCCAGGAUGUCGUCAGUCCCUCUCUAGAUGCGGUCUACGCCUUCCAUGGAAUCAUGUCGUCAGGUUCCGAAGCCAAUUUCGAGCUCGGCAUGAGUGUCAAUAUCGACGCAACUCGCAACUUGCUGGAAGUUCUUCGCAAAACUUGCCCCGGCGUGCGAGUCAUCUACUCAUCAAGCCAGGCCGUCUACGGACAACCACUGCCGGAAAUCGUCACGGACAAUGUCAUUCCAACCCCCGAGUCCUCGUACGGCGCCGAAAAAGUCGUGUGCGAGACCCUCGUGAACGAAUACACUCGUCGCAAGUUCAUUACCGGCUUCACCCUUCGAUUCCCCACCAUCUCCGUGCGGCCCGGUGCGCCCACCGCUGCGGCCUCGUCGUUCCUGUCGGGGAUGAUCCGUGAGCCGUUGGAUGGCAAAGAGUGCGUGAUUCCAAUUGAAGAUCGAUCCUUCAAGUCUUGGCUCUGCUCUCCCAAAACGCUCGUCCAGAAUCUGAUCCUCGCCCUGCAAUUACCUGCGGACUCGGUGCCUCCUCAUAUUCGCCAGAUCAACGUCCCGGGUAUCUGUGUGACGGUUCAAGAGAUGAUGGAUGCUCUGGAAACGGUGGGCGGGAAGGAUAAACUGGGUUUCCUCAGUGAGAAGGAGGAUCCCACUGUGGUUCCAAUCUUGAAGUCGUGGCCCACUCGAUUUGACAAUUCGCAGGCGAUCUCUCUAGGCUUCAAGCGCGAUACGUCCUUUGAACAGACCGUGAGAGACUACAAAGCCUCAUUGGCGCAACAAUCAUGA